AUGAACAACCCACACGAAGAGCGCCACGUGAUCGUCCUUGAGCGUAUCAUCCGCAACGUCGACGUUCUCAACCAGUCACUUGAGGAGGUGUCACGCUCCGUGCAGCAAAUCAACUUGCACAACCAGAACACCGUCAUCGCUUCCAACCUCUGGGAGUCGUAUCGUCAAAAUGUCGCGUUCAACCUGCAAACGCUUGAAGAGGGCGGCGAGGCAGGCAAGGAUGCCGGUAACUAG